CCCCUCUUACUCUCUUGACUGACACAUAAACAGCUUUCUCUCUCUCUAGCUGGGGGCGACGUCAGCGGGGAACGUAGGACGAGUGAAUGUGUGGGAGAACAAAGUGAUUGUUCGCUCGCUGCCAGAGUAUUUAGCAACAUCCGAGAGAGGUGCAGAGGCUCAGCGAACAGGACGCCGCUAACUCUGGGAGAACCCGCAACUCCCUUUUACUUCGCUGCGUUUAACCGCCCCCCAUACUUUCUUUCACUUUCACGCCGCGACUGACUGUAAUUUGUAUUAUAAUCUGUUCCUGCCGAGAAUUUUUUGAUCGUCGAUUUCUUUCAGCUCUCUUCUGCACGCAUCUGCUGGUCCAAUCCGCUUGGAAAGUCACUAUUGAUGCGAGUGGCGAAUACCGAACAUAUCCUUGCAAGGACGGGCUAUUGGUCUAGUGUUGGGGUAUGAUCGCAGCCGGGACAGAGUGACCGCAAAUCCCUUUCCAUCAACUAAGAGAACCGCGCCGACCUCCCCCUAAACUGAAUCAAGUUCCCCAACGCUUUCAAAUCUUCGAUCAAGUCAACCUUUGGAACCGCCAAGAAGGUUUGAGGUCUUCAAGCGGCGCGAGAGUUUCUGAAUUAUCUUUAAAUUAGCUCCCACCUUCUCUGGAAGAUUUCAGAAGGCUCUUCUCGCGUGGGGCUCCCGACUCUUCAUCGCCUUCUCUGUGUCCGGCACCUGGUUCCUAAUAUCUCCAAGCUUUUCCACAUCGGUUCCAUGUUGACCAAGAUCUGUCUUCCUUCCAAUGAGAACACCCUCAGAACUCCUCCCCAGAUCUCAACUCAACGCGCCUCCACCAUCUCGGCUCCUCAGAGCUGAGGACCCCCACCGCCUCGAGAGACCCAAGUCUCUGGAUCUCCUGCCCGGGACGGUGCGAAGACAACCCCUCUCCCAGCCCACGCCCCCCUUCUGCCUCCUCACCCGCUCUUUCUGGCUGCGAACAGCGUCUGAUCGGCCGAGAGGCGGCGGCUUGUCGAGGCUGGUCCUGAGCUCAACAGCGCCCUGAAACAGAAUGGAGCCGGUGUCCCGCGGACAACUCGCCCUCUUCUUCUUCCUCCUCUGCCCGGCCAACAUCAUCAGUCUCUGGUGGGCAGUGGGAAGCCCACUGGUGAUGGACCCCAACAGUAUCUGCCGCAAGACGAAGCGCUUGGCUGGCAAGCAGGCCGAGCUGUGCCAGACAGAGCCUGAGAUCGUGAACGAGGUGGCGAAGGGUGCCAGGCUGGGCGUGAGGGAGUGCCAGUACCAGUUCCGGAGCCGAAGGUGGAAUUGCACGAUCCACAAUAAAUACUUUGGAAAAAUCCUCCAGCAAGAUAUCCGAGAAACGGCCUUCGUCUACGCCAUCACCUCAGCUGGAGUGACCCAUGCCGUCACCCAGGCCUGCAGCAUGGGUGAGCUGCUGCAGUGUGGCUGUGACCGCUCCAGGACCAGGUCACCGCCCGUGCCCACUGCGGGUUCCAGCGCCGAGGGCGCCGCAUGGGAGUGGGGCGGCUGCGGAGAUGAUGUGGAAUUUGGCUACGAGAAGUCCAAGCAGUUCAUGGAUGCAAGGAGGAAGAAGGGCAGGAGUGACAUCAGGACGUUGGUCGACCUGCACAACAAUGAAGCUGGGCGUCUGGCAGUGAAGAAUUACCUGAGAACUGAGUGCAAAUGCCAUGGGCUGUCUGGCUCUUGCAACCUCAGAACCUGCUGGAAAAAGAUGCCCAGUCUCCGAGAGAUUGGGAACAGGCUGCUCGACCGCUUCAAUGGGGCCUUCAAGGUGAUGGGGGGCAAUGAUGGGAAGACCCUGAUCCCAGUCGGCCAGAACAUCAAGACCCCCGACAAGCUCGACUUAGUCUACUCGGCCAACUCGCCUGACUUCUGCCUGCCCAACCGCAAGACGGGCUCGCCUGGCACCAGGGGAAGGGUGUGCAACAGCACAGCACUGGACCUGAGUGGCUGUGACCUGCUGUGCUGCGGGAGGGGCUACAGAGAUCAGACCGUGGUCCUGGAGGAGAACUGCCUGUGCCGAUUCCACUGGUGCUGCGUGGUGCAAUGCAAGAAAUGCACCGUCCACAGCCAACUCAGCCUCUGCUUGUGACUGGGGUGGAGGUGGGCUAGUAAGAGUUUGGAAGGCCAAAGGGUAGAAGUGGUUGUGGAGCACCACCCUCGCCGAAUCUCCCCACUCCUUACCCUCUCACCCGAAGUUGAGACAAUGCGGGAGGAAGUCACUGGGCCCAUUGGCCCACCCGGCCCCAUUCACUCCCGCCAUUGGGCAUCCAACUUCUCCAUCCUCAGGGCACGCUUGGGGGCCAAUCCAAAUCCAGCAGACUCUUCCUUUUCUUCAUGGGUGACCCUUGACCUUCCACGGUGCCUUCCCCAUAACUCACAAUUCUUACCAUAUGCAAAAGUGUUUAAAGGAUGUUAAUUAAAGUCUUUUUUGAUUGCC